AUGAAGGCGAGAUGUGGGUGUGAGUUUCCUUUUUACGCUGACAUGUGACACAGCCGCUUUUUCAAACAGGUUUGUAAUCCAGUUUAAAGGCGAGUGAAGAUGACAGCGCACGCUCUAAUCGGAUUCCUCCUCAGUAUUGGACUUCUUUUUAAAGCGUGUUAUUCAGAUGUGAAGUGCAGGAAUGACAGAGGAGAGGCUGUUGACUGGUAUAUUGUGUAUAAACUGCCUAAUGUGAAAGAUGGUGGAAAGAUGUAUUUGUACAUGGAUGAGAGCACCGGUGGGUGGAGACUCAGCAGGGAGAAAAUCGACAGUAAAACUGGCUUUCUAGCACAAACACUGAAACCUCUUCUUGACUUCUACACCAAAAAGACUGAAGGGUUUGGAUACAUGCUCUACAAUGAUCAGCCUCCAAAUCCAUACUCUGCUCCUUCAUCAUUCGGUCACAGUAAAGGGGUUGUGAUGUUGGAUCGCAACUUUGGACUUUGGCUUUCACACAGCACCCCCAAAUUUCCAACAUAUCGCAGUACAGAGUUCUGGCCAACCAGUGGAAACGCAAAUGCUCAAACAUUCCUUUGUGUUACUUUCCCCUACCAGCAGUUUAAAGAAAUAGGACUGCAGCUCAUGUACAUCCAUGCCUAUUCAUUUGACUCUGAAAUUCCAAAAACUUUUCAUGAGGAGCUGCGUUGUGUUGCACAGAGAAGCUGCUACCCAAAACAAAAGCCCUGGUUUAGUGUGGAGAGGCUGAAAUCAGCAGCAGGGAGCACUUUCACCAGCUUUGCAAAAUACACACGAUUUAAAGAUGACCUUUACUCUGGUCUCAUAGUGAACAAAGUGUCCGAAAACCUUUUUGUGAAGAGCUGGGGGAAACUGAGUAAGCCUCUAUCCUCCAACUGCAGCUCAAGGCUCAAUCAUCAUGUCUACAACGUGAAGGAAGUGGAGCUGCAGAAGAGGAAGGCCGUCAGUGACACUGUGGAUCACUCUAAGUGGAGUGUGACUUCAGACGGUGGCUGGACCUGCAUCUCUGAUAUGAACAGGGAGGUCAGUCAGAUGAGCAGAGGAGGAGGAGCAAUCUGCACUGAAGAUCCACAAGUGGGACAAGCUUUCAGGUCACUGAUCUUACACUAUGAACCGUGUAAAACGUCUCAUUCUAAGGCUCAUAAGAGAGAACUGUAAAGGCUGACAGUCAUGAUAAUCAACCGCUUUUCACAAAUGAGCAUUGUUACACCAGGGGAUUUUCUUUUAUCAAAUACUCUGAGCAAGUGACUUGUGUCAAAUAGAGACUUAGAAAUCACUUAGAUUCUAAUUUUUACAAGGACGACUUUUUUGUAUUUCUGCUUGUGUGAAGAAUUUGAAAUUGUAUUAAUGGGAGCCUGAAGAAAGACAUGGAUUUUACUAAAUAUAAUUUGGGGAUAAUGACAAGGUACUUAUGUAUGCUUAUUAAGAAUUUAAUAUUUAUUAAUAUAUUUAGCUAUAUGAAUAUUACGGUUUUGUCUUUUUCUAGUGUAUAACAAGCAAUAAGAUAUUUGUACAGUAUGUUAUAAUGUAUAGACAAACUGGAGAUGAAAGGGAGGACGAUUGGAUACUUCAUCCUGCUACUUUAAUUGCAAAAAAAUAUAUAUCACAUAUCAUGUAUCUCAUUCAAAUGCUGUGUUUAAUAGCUUUUUUCUGUAAUGUUGUAUCAUUUAAAGCCCAACAUUAAUUGCAGAACAUUAAACAUGUUGAUCCAAAAUAACUCUGCAGAAUUAAGAGCAAUAAUAUUAAAGGAAGUAUGAUAUUGAUUUUA